CACGGCCUCGCAACCAGACUGUGGUCAAUGGCGAAACCUUGAUACAUGUUCAAGUAAACCUUUGAUGAUGCAUACUGAUGCAAUGGAGUCCACAUGGGAUUCUAACAAGGCAUUGUACCCCUUCGCUGGGUAUAUAAAGCAGAGGAUGGCUGGCUCAGCGACGGAUGAAAUUAACAACUUAGCAGUGUGAAAAGCCAAAGUUUACUCAAUAAUACUACUAUUCACAAUGGCUGAGUCCGAGCACCUCCGUAUGGCCGCCCAGGCCGAACGAGACCUGAACAGCUACCAGGCGAAGCAAGGUCUUGGACCUAAGAGUGACUCGACUCUCGAAUCAAACGUCAACGAGAUGGUGGACAAGAAAUUCCCCCAAGAGACGAGUGUCAAGACGGGCCGAGAAGCAGGCGCUACGGGGAGCGACAAGAAGCCGAUUCCUGAAGACGAGGGCGGGACCAGAGACGACCGCGGCAGACUUGCCCCCGCCGCGCAGUAUGAGGGAAAGGGGGGCCCAGAAGAUAAGGCCAAGCUUGCAUCUGAGCGCCGUCUUGGUGACCAGGAUACCCUCGGCAUUCAGGACUUGAAGCGUGAAGGGCUUGCGUAAAGGGUUGCUAGUUGGAUUGGUUUACCUGCUCAUGGUGUAAUGAAAUGUUAAAAUGUUCUUGUAAUCAAGUCAUAGUCCUUCUAACUUGUCGUGCUUCAUAGUCGAGACAAGAACAAUGAUCUAUUGAUCUAUCGUAGUGGAUUAUAGAGUUCCC